CAGCACUAGUAAGAGGUAUCGGCGAGAUCGCUGGUACUGCGGGUUAUCCACUGGCGCAUGUACCGUGAUAAGUGCUUGUCUGGCUUUAAUUGUUAGCUUAUCUCAUACAUUGCUUGAGAAAUAAUAGCGGCGACAAAUUGCCUAACUGAGAGCAUGGCGGUUCCAGUCUCCGGGGCGCCCGGCGGUCGUCGUCACGGUUACCCCCGGCCGGGGCACUGAGACCCAAUGCUGUCGGGCGGCUGGCGGCGGUCGUCGUCGGCGGUCCCGGCGGGGCCCAGCAGGGGGGGCAGCGCGCGGGGGGGCGGGGUCCCGGGGGGCCUGGUGGUGCUGGAGGCCCAGUAUGACUACUCGUACCGCGGGGCGGACGGGCGCCUGGUCUGCAUGCGCGAGGGCGAGCGCUUCGUGCUCCUGCGGAAGACCAACGGCGACUGGUGGCACGUCCGGCGCCUCGGGCCCUCGGGCAAGACCCGGCCGCUGUUCGUGCCCGCCACCUACGUGACGGAGGUGUCGGGGCCCUCCGCGCCGCCGGCCCCGCCCUGCGCGCCCUCCUCUUCCCCCCCCUCGUCGAACGCCCGCCUCAGGCUGGUGUCCCGAGUGUCGCUCAACCCCUGCUCCCAGAUGCAGUGCUCAGCCACCAGAACCUUCUGCCACUCUAUGGAGGAUCUCAACUCCAACAGUGCCUUCAGGGGCAGGGGCCUGGGGCCCGGUGCUUCCCCACCCUGCUUCCCCACCCUGCCCCUCCCCGGGUCCCCUUACCCGAGCACCUCCCCCUCGGGCCACCUCCUGGUUCCCCCCGGCAACGGCGGCCCAAUCACGCGCAGCAGGAGCUCCAGCAACCUGCCGCAGAACCCCUACGACCAGCCGGGAGGGGGCGUGGCUGGGGGCGGGGCCACUCCUGUGGGCAGGACCCCCUCCAAGUUCUACAGCCAAUGGGACAUAGGUGUGGCCACCCCCCAGCACAGCAACAUGCAGCUGGCUGCGCAGUCCUACAUUUCCCAGAAUUCCCUGAUGGAGUCGCCGCUGUACAGCAACCUGCAGGAGGUGAAGAGGCAGCAGGCGGAGCCGCCCAGCCCGCGGCCGGGACAGCGCCCCCUGCAGGUCAUGGACCUGUGGGAGCAGUACCUGGACCCGGCCUCAGGCCGCUGCUUCUACGUCAACAGCGUCACGCAGGAGCGGUCCUGGAAACCGCCACGCCGCGCCCGCACACCCAACAGGGUGAGUCCAGUUCCAGGAGGAACAUUUCCCCGUGACGCCAACCACCUCUCAGUGCCCGACGCAGUGACGGGAAAUGGCAGCAUACACAGGCUCACCCCUGACUUCACCAAACGUGGCCAGGAUGGCCAGAGUGCCUGGGAGCUGAGACAGAGUAUGCAGCGUGCUGCUUCGUCGGACGCGCUCAGUAGCGCCACCUACAGCUCAAGUCACGCCCAGGCCCGUAACUCCGCCCCCCUGAGGAUGAGCGACCCGUUCAGCCACUCCCGUUCCAUGAUUCUGUCUCAGACACCGGACUCCAAGCAGUGCAGGGACCGCCCCUGUCAUGUGACCUGUGUGGAUUCCCCCUCCCCCCCCAGCUCUCCAGAGAGUUCAAAGGGCAGCACCCCGGAGCUUGAGAAGGCUGGCCUCUUGAACAAGACGAAGAUUGCUGAAGGAGGCAGGAAGUUGAGGAAGAACUGGAACCCCUCGUGGGUGGUGCUGGUGGGAAACAGCCUGGUCUUCUUCAAGGACCCCAAAUCCCAGACUCCUUCCAGCUGGAAACCUGGAAACAGCAGGCCAGAGAGCAGUGUGGAUCUUAGAGGAGCGAAGCUGCACUGGGCUAAUGAUUUAUCCAGUAAGAAGAAUGUGUUCAAGUUGAGGACUGUGACGGGGAACGAGUUCCUGCUGCAGUCGGAGACGGAGUCUGUGAUCAGAGAGUGGUACAGCACCAUCCAGAGCGUCAUCCAGCGGCUGGACCGGGAUAACCCCUUGGAUAACAUCCUGCUGUACUCUCUGAGACGGGCCGGCAGUGUGGAGAUGUUGGAUCACAGCGGGGACGAGGACGAGACACCGGGGCGCAAGACGUCCCUUCCCCGGUCCAGCUCAAACCUGGAGAACUCGGAGAGGAAGAGGGUGAGGAGCCGGCUGAAGAAGCUGAUUCUGAAGAGACCCCCCCUGCAGGCCCUGCAGGAAAAAGGGCUCAUCAAGGACCAGGUUUUCGGGUGCCGGUUGGAGACCCUGUGUGAGCGGGAGAAGAGCACGGUGCCACGUUUCGUCCGGAUGUGCACGGAGGCCGUGGAGAGGAGAGGUCUGGAGACGGACGGGAUCUAUCGAGUGAGCGGGAACCUGGCGGUCAUUCAGAAGCUGCGCUUCUUGGUGGACCACGAGCGAGCUGUGAGCACGGACGGACGCUACCUGUUCCCCGAGGAGCUGGUGCAAGGUACAGGCCGACGGACAGACGGACGGAUCCGGAAAGCACGCAGCUCUGAGGAGAAGCUGAGUCUGGAGGACAGUCAGUGGGAGGAUAUCCAUGUCAUCACUGGGGCGCUCAAGCUCUUCUUCCGCGAGCUUCCGGAACCACUGGUGCCGUACGGCUUCUUCACCGACAUCGUGGAGACCGUCAAGAUGACUGACUACCUGGACAAAGUGGACCGUCUGAAAUGCCUGAUGCUGAACAUGCCUCCGCCAAACCACGACACUAUGAGGUUCAUGCUCCUUCACCUGAAGAGAGUGAUGGAGCACUCGGACGUGAACCGCAUGACGACCCAGAACAUCGGGAUCGUGUUUGGUCCCACGCUGAUGAGGUCGGAGGGGGACGGCGGGAACAUGGCGAUCAACAUGCUGUACCAGAACCAGGCCGUGGAGCUGAUGCUCGCCGAGUUCGACCGGAUCUUCGGGCCCGACGCCGAUGGCGCCCCCUGACUGCGACCACGCCGCGUCGCUAGCUCCCCCCCCCACCCCCAGGAGUG